AUGGGUUAUGGGGAUGGAGAAGAGUUGAUGGUGAUAGGAGCCAUGGGUUAUGGGGAUGGAGAAGAGUUGAUGGUGAUAGGAGCCAUGGGUUAUGGGGAUGGAGAAGAGUUGAUGGUGAUAGGAGCCAUGGGUUAUGGGGAUGGAGAAGAGUUGAUGGUGAUAGGAGCCAUGGGUUAUGGAGAUGGAGAAGUGUUGAUGGUGAUAGGAGCCAUGGGUUAUGGGGAUGGAGAAGAGUUGAUGGUGAUAGGAGCCAUGGGUUAUGGGGAUGGAGAAGAGUUGAUGUUGAUAGGAGCCAUGGGUUAUGGGGAUGGAGAAGAGUUGAUGGUGAUAGGAGCCAUGGGUUAUGGGGAUGGAGAAGAGUUGAUGGUGAUAGGAGCCAUGGGUUAUGGGGAUGGAGAAGAGUUGAUGGUGAUAGGAGCCACGGGUUAUGGCGAUGGAGAAGGGUUGAUGUUGAUAGGAGCCACGGGUUAUGGGGAUGGAGAAGAGUUGAUGGUGAUAGGAGCCACGGGUUAUGGCGAUGGAGAAGGGUUGACGGUGAUGGUAGCCAGGGGUUGA